UUCUGACAUAUUGACUUAAAUGAUCGUUUGAUGUUUUAUGGUGAAAGUAACAUUUAACCUUUAUUAUUUUCUUAAAUAUAUCAACCAAAAUGUCUGGGUGGGAAGAAUUUUAUGCAUCAAAUAAUCCACCUACAAAUUUUGAAGAAAACAUUACAAAAAUACGUAAUUUUUGUGAAAUGCACAAAAAUAAGAAGAUAUCGUUAGUUACGUCAGGUGGAACAACCAUACCGUUGGAGCACAACACAGUUAGAUUUGUAGACAACUUCAGUGCCGGCACUCGGGGCUCUGCUUCUGCGGAGUACUUCAUUGAUUCAGGCUACAAUGUCAUAUUUCUAUAUAGAUUGAAGUCUUUGGAGCCAUAUGUUCGACAUUUUGUUGGCCACCAAUUCCUCGACAAACUUAUCAUCAGCGACGUGGAAGCAAAUGAUGAAGAAAGAGCUUCAACAUGCAGUCGAAUAGAAGUUGCCCCAGAGUUUGCUCUCGGAGUGAUGCCCAUCCUCAAACGCUACAAGACAGCCAUUCAGGAGAAACGGUUGCUGUGCAUCGAUUUCACUACACUCUCGGAUUACUUGUGGUUACUACGAGGAGCUUGCCAACAACUGACCAAUCAUGGCAGCAAGGCCCUCUUAUACCUAGCUGCGGCUGUGUCCGAUUUCUACAUUCCUGCCAACAAAAUUCCAGAACACAAAAUUCAGUCAGGUGAUGGGGCUCCGACUAUCCAGCUGCACCUGGUACCUAAGAUGUUAGCUCCUCUUGUGUCUCAGUGGGUACCCGAGGCUUUUGUGGUGUCAUUUAAGCUGGAGACUAACCCUGAACUUCUAAUUAGCAAGGCCAGAAGAGCUUUGGAAACCUAUAAGCAUAAGCUUGUCAUCGGGAAUAUUCUUGGAACGAGGAAGUGGAGUGUAACAAUAGUAGAACCAUCUUCACACUACCAGAUAACACUGAGCGAAGAAGAAAUCCAAUCUGAUUUUGAGAUAGAACAAAAGAUCGUUUCUGACGUAUGCACAAGGCAUGAUGCCUUUAUUCAGGCCAACCUUUCUACCUGAAAGGCUGAUUGAUUUUUACUUUAUAAAUUUAAACAUGUUAUAGGUUUGACAUAUUUUUUUAAUUACAGUUGUUUACAAAACA